AGAUUGCAGUUAUAGAAGAUAGACACCCAGGAGAUUUUGCCUUUCACCAUGGCUCAGUUUGGAGGACAGAAGAAUCCCCCUUGGGCUACUCAGUUUACAGCCACUGCAGUAUCUCAGCCAGCUGCUCUUGGCGUACAGCAGCCAUCGCUGCUUGGAGCCUCUCCUACAAUAUACACCCAGCAGACAGCAUUGGCAGCAGCAGGCCUGACUACACAAACACCAACGAACUAUCAGCUAACUCAGACAGCUGCUUUACAGCAGCAAGCUGCAGCUGCAGCAGCUGCUUUACAGCAGCAAUAUUCACAACCUCAGCAGACUCUCUAUAGUGUACAGCAACAGUUGCAGCAACCUCAGCAGACCCUUUUAACUCAGCCAGCUGUUGCACUACCUACCAGUCUUAGCCUGUCUACUCCUCAACCGGCAGCCCAGAUAACUGUUUCUUAUCCAGCACCUCGGUCAAGCCAACAACAAACCCAGCCACAAAAGCAGCGUGUCUUCACUGGGGUAGUUACUAAACUACAUGAUACAUUUGGUUUUGUGGAUGAAGAUGUCUUUUUUCAACUUAGUGCUGUUAAAGGAAAGACACCUCAGGUGGGUGACAGAGUUUUGGUAGAAGCUACUUACAAUCCUAAUAUGCCGUUCAAAUGGAAUGCACAAAGGAUCCAGACACUUCCAAAUCAGAACCAGACACAAGCUCAGCCGUUACUGAAGACUCCUCCAGCAGUUCUUCAGCCCAUUGCACAGCAGACUGCAUUCAGUGUUCAGGCACAGCCGCAGCCACAGUCCUUGUUGCAGGCACAGAUAUCAGCAGCUUCAAUCACACCUUUGCUUCAGACACAACCUCAGCCAUUACUGCAGCAGCCACAGCAGAAAGGUGGUUUGUUACAGCCCCCUGUUCGUCUAGUUUCACAGCCUCAACCAGCUCGAAGAUUAGACCCACCAUCCAGAUUUUCUGGGAGGAAUGACAGAGGAGGAGACCCUAUGCCAAACCGAAAAGAUGACAGGAGUCGCGAAAGAGAACGAGAGAGACGUAGGUCCCGGGAAAGGUCACCCCAGAGAAAACGCUCCAGAGAGAGGUCGCCUAGAAGAGAGAGGGAGAGGUCACCUCGAAGACCACGACGUGUUGUUCCUCGUUACACGGUUCAGUUUUCCAAGUUUUCAUUGGACUGCCGUAGCUGCGAUAUGAUGGAGCUGAGGAGGCGUUACCAGAACUUGUAUAUCCCAAGUGAUUUCUUUGAUGCUCAAUUUACAUGGGUGGAUGCUUUUCCUAUGUCUAGACCAUUUCAGCUGGGAAACUACUGUAAUUUCUAUGUAAUGCAUAGAGAAGUAGAUCCUAUAGAUAAAAACGGUGCUGUCCUUGAUCCACCUGAUGCUGAUCAUCUGUACAGCGCAAAGGUGAUGUUGAUGGCUAGUCCUAGUAUGGAAGAUCUCUAUCACAAGUCAUGCGCUCUGGCUGAAGAUCCCCAAGAACUUCGUGAUGGAUUUCAGCAUCCCGCUAGACUUGUAAAGUUUUUAGUGGGUAUGAAAGGCAAAGAUGAAGCUAUGGCAAUUGGAGGACACUGGUCCCCAUCACUGGAUGGACCUGAUCCAGAAAAGGACCCUUCCGUGCUGAUAAAGACGGCUAUUCGUUGUUGCAAGGCUCUUACAGGGAUUGACUUAAGUGUGUGCACACAAUGGUACCGUUUUGCAGAGAUUCGCUACCAUCGCCCUGAGGAGACCCACAAGGGGCGUACAGUUCCAGCUCAUGUGGAGACAGUGGUUUUAUUUUUCCCGGAUGUUUGGCAUUGCCUUCCCACCCGCUCAGAGUGGGAAACCCUCUCCCGAGGAUACAAGCAGCAGCUGGUCGAGAAGCUUCAGGGUGAACGCAAGGAGGCUGAUGGAGAACAGGAUGAAGAGGAAAAGGAUGAUGGGGAAGCUAAAGAGAUCUCUACACCUACACACUGGUCUAAACUGGAUCCAAAAACAAUGAAGGUGAAUGACCUUCGCAAAGAAUUAGAAAGUCGAACUCUUAGCUCUAAAGGACUGAAAUCUCAGUUGAUAGCUCGACUGACAAAGCAGCUAAAAGUAGAGGAACAAAAAGAAGAGCAAAAGGAGCUAGAGAAAUCUGAGAAAGAAGAGGAAGAGGAGGAAGAUAGGAAAUCCGAAGAUGACAGAGAGGAAGAAGAAAGAAAACGUCAAGAAGAAAUGGAACGUCAGCGGCGGGAGAGACGAUACAUCUUGCCUGAUGAACCAGCAAUCAUUGUACAUCCUAACUGGGCAGCAAAGAGUGGGAAGUUUGACUGUAGCAUUAUGUCUCUUAGCGUUCUUCUGGACUAUAGAUUAGAAGAUAAUAAAGAACAUUCCUUUGAGGUAUCACUGUUUGCAGAGCUCUUCAAUGAAAUGCUUCAGAGAGAUUUCGGUGUCAGAAUUUACAAAGCGUUGAUUUCUCUCCCAGAGAGGGAAGACAAAAAAGACAAAAAAGGCAAAAAAGAUGAGAGAAAAGAAAAAAAAGAAGAAAAAGAUGAUGAAACAGAUGAUCCAAAACCUAAGAGGAGAAAAUCUGGAGAUGAUAAAGACAAAAAAGAAGAUAGAGACGAAAAGAAGAGGGAAGAUAAAAGGAAAGAUGAUUCUAAAGAUGAAGAAGAAACUGAAGAUGACAAUAAUCAAGAAGAAUAUGAUCCGAUGGAAGCAGAAGAUGCUGAAGAUGACGAUGAAGAUCGGGAUGAGGAGGAAAUGAACAAACGGGAGGACAGAAGAGAGGGAAACAGGCAUUGCAAAGAGAGGUCAUCCAAAGAUAAAGAGAAAGACAAGACACAGAUGGUAACUGUUAAUAGAGAUCUUCUGAUGGCUUUUGUUUAUUUUGAUCAAAGUCAUUGUGGAUAUCUUCUGGAGAAGGACAUGGAGGAGAUACUGUACACUCUUGGACUACACCUGUCACGUGCUCAGGUCAAGAAGCUACUUAGUAAAGUAGUGCUUAGAGAAUCUUGCUUUUAUAGAAGACUAACAGACACUUCUAAAGAUGAAGAAAACCUAGAAGAGUCUGAAGAACUACAGGAAGAUAUGUUAGGUGGAAACAGAUUACUGUUACCAUCACCUACUGUAAAGCAAGAAUCAAAAGCCAUAGAAGAAAAUGUUGGCCUCAUUGUGUACAAUGGAGCUAUGGUGGAUGUUGGGAGCCUUUUACAGAAACUGGAGAAGAGUGAAAGAGUGCGGGCAGAAAUAGAACAAAAGCUUCAGCUACUAGAAGAAAAAACAGACGAGGAUGAAAAGACCAUACUACAACUGGAGAAUUCUAACAGAAGUCUAUCUGCGGAGCUGAAAGAAGUGAAGAAGGACCUCGGUCAACUGCAAGAAAAUUUGAAGAUCUCUGAUGAUAAAAACUUGCAAUUUGAGGGUCAGCUGAAUAAGACAAUCAAAAAUUUAGCUACUGUUAUGGAUGAAAUACAGAGUGUUCUGAAACAG